GUCACGCCCCUGGGUUUGUAUAAAUACAGUAGGACUCGCAUUUGUCGGCAGAUUUUUCGAAGAGGACAACAAUUUCAGGAGCAGUUUCAGUCAGCGAAUUCAUUAACGAUGCAGAUCUUUGUCAAAACCCUCACUGGUAAAACCAUCACCCUCGAGGUUGAACCAAGUGACACUAUUGAGAAUGUCAAGGCCAAAAUCCAGGACAAAGAAGGCAUUCCCCCUGACCAGCAGAGGUUGAUCUUUGCCGGCAAACAGCUUGAAGAUGGCCGCACCCUGUCCGACUACAACAUCCAGAAAGAGUCCACCUUGCAUCUGGUGCUGCGUCUCAGGGGAGGCAUGCAGAUCUUCGUCAAGACCUUGACAGGAAAGACCAUCACCCUCGAGGUUGAGCCGAGCGACACCAUUGAGAACGUCAAGGCCAAAAUCCAGGACAAAGAAGGCAUUCCCCCUGACCAGCAGAGGUUGAUCUUUGCCGGCAAACAGCUAGAAGAUGGCCGCACCUUGUCCGACUACAACAUCCAGAAAGAGUCCACCUUGCAUCUGGUGCUGCGUCUCAGGGGAGGCAUGCAGAUCUUCGUCAAGACCUUGACAGGAAAGACCAUCACCCUCGAGGUAGAGCCGAGCGACACCAUUGAGAAUGUAAAGGCCAAAAUCCAGGACAAAGAAGGCAUUCCCCCUGACCAGCAGAGAUUGAUCUUUGCCGGCAAACAGCUUGAAGAUGGCCGCACCCUGUCUGACUACAACAUCCAGAAAGAGUCCACCUUGCAUCUGGUGUUGCGUCUCAGGGGAGGAAUGCAGAUCUUUGUCAAGACUCUCACUGGUAAGACCAUCACCCUCGAGGUUGAGCCAAGUGACACAAUUGAGAACGUCAAGGCCAAAAUCCAGGACAAAGAAGGCAUUCCCCCUGACCAGCAGAGGUUGAUCUUUGCUGGCAAACAGCUGGAAGAUGGCCGCACUCUGUCCGACUACAACAUCCAGAAAGAGUCCACCUUGCAUCUGGUGCUGCGUCUCAGGGGAGGCAUGCAGAUCUUCGUCAAGACCUUGACAGGAAAGACCAUCACCCUCGAGGUAGAGCCGAGCGACACCAUUGAGAAUGUUAAGGCCAAAAUCCAGGACAAAGAAGGCAUUCCCCCUGACCAGCAGAGAUUGAUCUUUGCUGGCAAACAGCUUGAAGAUGGCCGCACCCUGUCUGACUACAACAUCCAGAAAGAGUCCACCUUGCAUCUGGUGUUGCGUCUCAGGGGAGGAAUGCAGAUCUUUGUCAAGACUCUCACUGGUAAGACCAUCACCCUCGAGGUUGAGCCAAGUGACACAAUUGAGAACGUCAAGGCCAAAAUCCAGGACAAAGAAGGCAUUCCCCCUGACCAGCAGAGGUUGAUCUUUGCUGGUAAACAGCUAGAAGAUGGCCGCACCCUGUCUGAUUACAACAUCCAGAAAGAGUCCACCUUGCAUCUGGUGCUGCGUCUCAGGGGAGGCAUGCAGAUCUUCGUCAAGACCUUGACAGGAAAGACCAUAACGCUCGAGGUAGAGCCAAGCGACACCAUUGAGAACGUCAAGGCCAAAAUCCAGGACAAAGAAGGCAUUCCCCCUGACCAGCAGAGGUUGAUCUUUGCGGGCAAACAGCUUGAAGAUGGCCGCACCCUGUCCGAUUACAACAUCCAGAAAGAGUCCACUUUGCACCUUGUGCUGCGUCUCCGAGGAGGCUCAGAUUAUUAAACAUGUUAGGGAUGGACAUUAAAUUCUCAGUAUCUCCUGCAUAUGCACUCACCACUUUUCCCCAUUAUUUUAUUCAUACAUUGUUGCUAAAUCCAACUACAUUCGUAUUAACAUGUUCUUUCACUUGUUUUUUUUAUGUCAGCUGUCAAAAUAAAAGCAUUGAAAUACAA